GGUGUAGUGGGUAUCUUGUGCAAGCCACACGACCCUCCCUCAGUCCUAAGUAGCUACCUAGCUAGGUCCAGGUGCAAGAAGAAGCUCAGCUUCAGCAAUGGCGUCCAGAGCAGCAGCGGCCAUCGCCGUCCUGGCCUUGGUCUGCGCCGCCGUCCACUCGUCGGAGGGCCAGCUGUCACCAAACUUCCACGCCGCCACGUGCCCGGACCUGGAGCGCAUCGUGGAGUUCCACGUCGCCGAGACGUUCCGGCGCGACGUGGGCGUGGCGCCGGCGCUCAUCCGCAUCCUCUUCCACGACUGCUUCCCGCAGGGCUGCGACGCCUCCGUGCUGCUCAAGGGCGCCGGCAGCGAGCUCAACGAGAUCCCCAACCAGACGCUCCGCCCCGUGGCGCUCGACCUCAUCGAGCGCAUCCGCGCUGCCGUGCACCGCGCAUGCGGGCCCACCGUCUCCUGCGCCGACAUCACCGUGCUCGCCACCCGCGACUCCCUCGUCAAGGCCGGCGGCCCCAGCUUCGACGUCGCCCUCGGCCGCCGCGACGGGCUCGCCCCGGCGUCGUCCGCACUCGUCGGCCUCCUGCCGGCGCCCUUCUUCGACGUGCCCACCCUCAUCUCCUCCUUCGCCAACCGGAGCCUCGACGUCGCCGACCUCGUGUCCCUCUCCGGCGCCCACACCUUCGGCGUCGCCCACUGCCCGGCCUUCGAGGACCGGUUCAAGCCGGUGUUCGACACCAACCCGGCCAUCGACGGCAAGUUCGCCACGGCGCUGAGGAACAAGUGCGCCGGGGACAACCCCGCCGGCACGCUGACCCAGAACCUCGACGUGCGCACGCCGGACGUGUUCGACAACAAGUACUACUUCGACCUGAUCGCGAGGCAGGGGCUGUUCAAGUCGGACCAGGGCCUGAUCGACCACCCGACCACCAAGCGCAUGGCCACACGCUUCUCCCUCAACCAGGGCGCUUUCUUCGAGCAGUUCGCGAGGUCCAUGACCAAGAUGAGCAACAUGGACAUUCUCACCGGCACCAAGGGCGAGAUCCGGAACAACUGCGCCGUCCCCAACAGGCGUGUCCAGGACAUCGAGACCGCCGUCGCCGGCGACGAGGGGAUCGCCGCUGACAUGUGAGAGAUAUAUAACCAAUCGGUGUAACGUAGUAGUACUGUGUGACUGUGUGAGUGGCCGUUAAGUAGUCUAUGUGUUUUAAACUUUGAAUCGUGGAAGUGUGAUGUCUAGCCAAUAAGAUGAGAGGUCAAAACA